UUUAGCAAAUCGUCUCUUCCCGAAUUAUCUUUUCUAUCUUGCAGAAUUUACACCUGGUAUAAUGUUCAGACGGACGGUAGCCACAACUCUCGCGCGGAGCGUUCGCGCUUUCAGCACCAGCGUCGCGGGCCAGGGAGCCGUGCGUGCUGGUGUCCUCCUGCAGCGCGAUCCGAUCGUGAUCCAGCAGGCAAAGGGGUUCGAGCUUGCCUCGGACAAAUACUUCCAGUGGCUCGAGUACCAGUCAGCAGAGGCCUUCCCGCGGGACUUCUUCCUGAAGAAGGGCAGCUCUGCGGAGAAGAAGUGGAUGGAUAUCGAGGACGAGCGGGCUGGCGAAUGGCUAUAUGAUCCAGAGAACAAGCCCAAGGUGAAGAGCGUCAAGAAGCCCGUAGUGGGCGACGAGGAGACGGGUCCCGAAGUGUCGAAGCGCAUUGAGGUGCACUCGCGCGAGACCGAGGCUGACGCCAAGAGCGACGUGAGGUCGCUGGAGCGCAAGCUCGAUCGGACAUUGUAUUUGCUGGUGAAGAACACACAGGGCGAGUGGGUGCUGCCGGCUGGUGCGGUUCAGGGCGAGGAGCUGCUGCACGAGGCGGCCCGGCGGAGCCUGAAGGAGAUGUGCGGCGAGAAGAUGAGCGUGUGGAUGGUGGGCCGUGGGCCGGUGGGCCAUGAGGAGUCGAAGGAUGGUGCGACAUUCUUUGUCAAGGGCCAUAUACUGGCAGGCCAGGCUGCUCCGAGCAAGUCGCUAGCGGCCGACUUCAAGUGGGCAACGCGAGAGGAGGUUGAGGGCACUGUGGCUCCAGCGUACUGGCAGUCAGUCAAGGACAUGCUGUCGUCUGUUUAGAGAUGUCUAGGCAGUUUAGAAGAAAAAACACCCACUCAUGCAAAAUAUAUGGAAGGCACUCUU